GUUAGUUUCAUCAUAAUUAUUAUAUUCCUCCUAGCUUUUGCAGUUGCAAGUUCUGAAUAUAAAUCUUUUUGACUUCAUUAUUCAUUCAAAAGUAAUUUCUUAGAUGAAUGAAUGAUUAAAACUUUUCGUAACGCAAUUGUGUCUGAAAUAUCAAUAAGGCUCUUGACCUAGAGAGAAAGUUUCAUUGUCACAUAAAUGUUUCGAAAAAAGCUGGAAUAACAAUAGAUUAACAUUACCGCUUUCCAAACAUUCAAAGUCUACAAGCCCUUGGGGGAGGGGGUAGAGUGUUCAAUCUAAGACAUUGAACAUAGAAAGACUAUGAGUGGAAUAAUUACUGCUCCAGCAUUUACUUUAUGUUGAUUGAAAUAAACUGCAGCCAAAGCAGCGGACCCUAAACUGGCCCGAUGACCCCCCGAAUGUCUUCUAAACGAACUAACAAAUUACUACUCUAACACACUAUGACUGACGGGUAUAUGUGUCGAUAAGUAGGGGAGAAGUGGCAUGAAGGAGCCAAGCUUUGAAAGAGCCACCUGCAUUAUUUCGGUAGCUUAAGAACGAAUUUGGUUGGUAAUAUUAUUUUUAAGUGGCAACACUGAUUUCCCAUCACCCAUAAACGUUUGAUAGUUCGCCGAAACCAACGGACACCUGUACAUCAAGUUAAAGUUUUUGACACUAAAAAAAAUUACAUUAUGGAGAAACCUGGUUCAGAAAAACGAAAAAGACCCGAAAAAGAGGCAAUCGAAGAAGCAGUCAGUGAAGUUUUGCAGAAAGGUCAGUCCAUAAACAAAACUGCACUUGCCUUAAAUAUAUCGAGGGCUUAUUUAGCUAAAAUAGUUAAAAAAGUAAAAGCUUCUGGUGAAUUAUCUUAUAAACACUGUCCUAAUAUAGGGAAUAAGCGUAUUUUUACAAGAGACCAGGAGAAUAUGCUCGCAGAUUAUUUAAAGACGGCUUCUAAAAUGUGCUAUGGCCUAACUAGGCAGCAAACUAAGAAGCUAGCAUUUGAUUAUGCCAUGGCUGAUGAUAUUUGCCCAGAUAAAUGGAAGGAAAUUGAAACUGCUAGUGACGAUUGGCUCAAAGGGUUUAUGAGCAGACACAAAGACUUAGCUGUGCGAAAACCUGAAAGCACUUCUCUAUCCCGUGCAACAAGUUUUAAUAAAACAAAUGUAAACAACUUUUUUGAGAAACUGACCACUGUUUUACGCAAACACAAUUUUCUUCCCCAUAUGAUUUUUAACGCCGACGAAACAGGCUGCAGCACCGUCACCAAUCCACCUAAAGUGAUAGCCGAAAGAGGUUCAAAACAAAUUGGGCAAGUUACCUCAGGUGAACGAGGAACAUUGGUGACAACUCUGUUCUUUAUUAAUGCUGCUGGUGGUUUCUUACCGCCUAUUUUUGUGUUUCCUAGGGUGAACUACAAAGAUAUUAUGUUAAAUAAUGGUCCACCUGGAGCUCUAGGGUUGGCUCAACCUUCUGGAUGGAUGACUGAAGACUGUUACUCUAACCUCUUCCAUUCUCUUUCCAUUUCCAUUUCCAUUUCUAUUGCUAUGAAAGAAUAA